AUGAAUCUCCUCAGCUGGAACUGCCGAGGGCUUGGGAACCCUCGGGCAGUUAGAAUCCUUAAUAUGAUUAUUAAGGAAAAGUUCCCAAGCUUGGUUUUCUUGGUAGAAACCAAGUGUUCUAGGUCCAGAAUUGAAUCUGUCAAACUUUUAACUAAGUUUGAUUGCUGCUUAGCGGUUGAUAGUAUGGGUAGUAGUGGGGGGCUAGCCAUGAUGUGGAAGAACAACCUUGAGGUUCAAUUGGUAAGCUUCACUAGAUGGCAUAUAAGUGUGAUGAUAGCUGAUAAAAGACACAAUACCCCCUGGAUGCUUACGGGUUUUUAUGGCCAUCCUGUCACUUCCAAAAGGAAACUUAGCUGGAACUUACUCAGAGAACUAAAGCCUUCCCAAGGAAUCCCAUGGCUUUGCAUUGGUGACUUUAAUGAGAUACUUAGCCAAAAAGAAAAGGUAGGGGGAGUACCAAGACCCUACAAACAAAUGGAGGAAUUUCGUGAGGCCAUAGAAUUCUGCUCAAUAGAGUCAAUACCAACCAAGGGCAAUAGGUAUACAUGGUCUAAUAACAGAAUUGGCAGGGGUUUUACCAAGGAAAAGCUAGAUAGAGCCCUAGCUAACCCAGAAUGGAAAGCAAGGUUCCCGAAUGGCAUAUGCCGGGUCUUAACAGCCAUGAAAUCUGAUCAUGCUCCACUCAGUCUACAAUGGGAGGGACCAAUACCAGUGAGAAGAUACAUGAAAGCCAACUUUCGAUAUGAAGCAACUUGGUCUCUUUCAGAAGAAUGUCCUAAGAUCAUUAAAAAGGCCUGGUCCAUAGCAGCAGUGGGGGAAGAUGCAAGCUCCUAUUUAAGACACAAGUUGGCUAACUGUGCACAGGCCUUGAGACAGUGGAAUUCAAGCCGGAAGAGGGUGGCUUCUGCUACCAUCAAACAGAAAAUGGACAGAAUUGCAACUAUACAAAAGGAGGAAGGAGGUGACCAGGUCUGUGAACUCAAAGUGUUACAGAGGGAAGUGGAACAACAACUAGAAGAAGAAGAGCUAAAAUGGAAGCAGCGGGCCAAGCAACAUUGGUUGAAGGAUGGGGACAGGAAUACAUAG